UAUAAUUACGAUUUGCGUGGGACCGCCCCAUUCACCUAAGAAGCGGGCCUAUUGGCCGCCCCACCCGCUGGUAAAUUGCGAGUGGGGCGUGCGCCAUACCUCCGGGGACGCACCAUUGCGUCAGCCAGUUUGAGUGCAGGGCCCAGGCGACUCCGCACCUCCCUGAAUCUAACGACCGUAAUCGUCAUUGUCUCGCAGAGCAAUACUCAAACGCACUUUCGUCACCAACUUACAAAAAGGGUCUCGUAGCGGCCCAACCAAAAAAAGCGAUAGGGCGCUUUAUUCUGACCGGCAGCGCGUCACAACAGCAAGCAAGUAGUAUACCGGUGUAGCAGGUGCGGCGUGCGUGAUGUUUGGGGCCCGUUUGGUGUGGCGACCUGGCGUUGUGGUCGCGACGUGACAUUGCCGCUUUACAGUUCGCGGCCGGGGUCCAGCCAAGCGCGCAUGGCUGCGAGGGCGACAGGGCACGCACCUGGAGCACUACCGGGCCAGAAGUAUGGUGUCGGCGAAGUAUUCAGCCGGGACCGUCGGGUUUGUGCUAGGUUCACACUCGCAUCCCAUCCAAGUGCAGUUUUGAAGCACCAGCAGGUCGCUGUGUGGUAAGGUGGUCCAGCAGCUUGCGGCAGACAAUGUUAGCAUGUUGCUUCUGAGCGCCAACAGUGUGGAGUGUGGUUCUGCUGCUAGUGGAGCACUCGCUGAGGACUGUUUGACGGCAGAGAAUGGGCAAGAAAGUGUAUGGAGCGAAAGGGAAGAACGGCGGCAAGCAUGCGGCUGAGGCCAAGUCGCCCGGCUGCGGUUACGUGGUGCAGCCAGCCCCGCAGCUGCUGCGGGCCAUGGUGAACCCGCGCGCUCUGCGCACCAGCAAGGUGCCUCGCUGUGUACCAACUGGCGGGGCAUUGGGCGAGCGGGCAUGCGGGGCCUGGAGCAGCAACACGGUGAACGGCGAGUCACUGCCUCCAGUGCAGCGACCUGCACCGGCGGCUGUCAAGGCGCAGCAGGCCGUGCUGGCCAAGAUGCGAGCACAGCUGUGGCGCCGGGCGCACCCAUCCGCUGUCCACCAGCACAACCUCAGCGUCAUCAAGCAGCCCAGGGCUGGCACAGCAGCUCGCUCCCCUCACCAGGUGGUGGAGCCGCACGCAUUCCUAUGCAGCGUGUGCCUGACAGCAGGAACGGCCUCCACGUGCGCUUGCAGUUGACAGGCAUGUACCAGCAGGCAUGCUACAAGGCAGCAUUGCUUCAGCAGGAGCUGUACGGGGCAUGCUUUGAGCGUCGCUCAUGCACGCCAUUGACUGCUACCAGCAGGCGCUUUGUGGUGGCAACUCGUGACCGACCUGACCUCCAGGCACGUGUGGCAUCUGUGCUUGGUGACCUGCAAGCUGCACGCACUGAGGCGCUGACCUACCGUCAAACAGUCCUCAGCGAGUGCUCCACUAGCAGCAGAACCACACUCCACACUGUUGGCGCUCAGAAGCAACAUGCUAACAUUGUCUGCCGCAAGCUGCUGGACCACCUUACCACACAGCGACCUGCUGGUGCUUCAAAACUGCACCUGUGUGUUUAUGAUGGGGCAACUGUCAGCUCUCAGGUUAUACCAUGCUACUUCAACAACACCUGCUCCAUGUUGGCAGAGCGUUAUUGUGUCACGGGCAUAUAUGUUGCAGCUCUACAGCAGCAUGCCUUUGCAUAUGCGAAUGGAUCUGGCCCGGACACCUGGAAUCCAAACGGCCCACGUGGUGUAAUAUUGCCUGCACCAGCUGCAGUCCCUGGCAAUGAUGACGGUCCAUCCAUUGCAGUGGAGGCAGCACUGGAUGAGCGUGCAUCAGUUCUGCACAAUAUGACAGCAUCCAAGAGGCACCGGGGUCGCGGUCGAACUGUUGGGUGCAAGCCCAAGUUCGCAUGCGCAUAUGCGGGCGAACUGGCUGGCUGUAGGGUAUCUGCUCGUGUGCCAUGUGUUGGCACUCCCUCAGCCAAGCCAAGGGCAACCACGGUCCAGUAUCAUAGCCGCGCUGGUGUACGCAUCAUCAAGGACUACAUUCCGGUAUACAAGGCCCGUCUGGUAGCUAAUGCGCCAUCUGACGCAAUGUAUGAGGCAGACCAGGCUCGGGAGGCAGCUAUGCUGUCAUUCUUGAUCACCAACUUAGCCCAGCACCCUAAUGUCCAGUGCCGUACCGGCAGUUUUGAGUGCAUCAAAGAGGACCUCAUUGCAUACAUGGAGUCAGAUAUUAAAUUGUACUUGGAUACAUAUGGCGAGGCAGCAGCCCAGGAGCGGUUUCGCCUUCCCAAAUUGCACCUUACAGCUUGCAACGGCACUGUCAAGUACCGUGCAGUGAUGGACCGGGACCGUCGAGGCAACAUAUAUGGCUCAUCUCAGGCAGCUGCUAUCAUUGAGCGUGAUGUUAAUGAGAUGCGCUGUGGGUCUGAGCCAUAUGUGUCCCCCGACUGGUAUUUUCCCAACCCUGCCAUUCUUGCAUCAUUCAAAGCCCAGCUAGCUGAAGUCAACGCUGCGGUGCUUGCUGCAAGGGCCGUCAUACAGCCUGGUAACGGUGUCCACGAGGGAUUGGAGGAGAGUCUUGGCACCAGCAACGGCACAGCACCUAUGGAUGUUGACGAGGUGCCAAUGGGGCUUGCUGCAUUCAUGGCCGUGGAGGCCUGUGGAACACAAGCCCUUUGUCCCGAUAUUGUGCAACACCGCUCUGCAAAUAUUGGCCCACUUACAUCAUUUCUGUCUGGUCUGGUCAACCAGCGUGUCCUAUCAAAGUCUUUGGAGGUUGCGCAUGUUGCUGGCCUUGCCAAGACUGCCAGAACACGCAUUGAGAAGUAUUGCAUUUACCUUGAUUCAGCAGUGCUACAAGCAUUAAUUAAGAGUGGGUGCGCAGCUGCCUAUGCUCGCACGUUUGCAGCAGAUGUGCAGAAGGUUUGGGACCAGUCAAAGAGCACUGAUGACAGGUGCGUGUAUAGGUCCUGACUUUGUUUGUGAAUGGCCUUGCUGCAGGCACAUCAUUUAUGGUGUGUUGCAUGUUGCAGGGGCAAUGCCAAGUUCACACCAGCUGACAUCCGCAUAUCAUUUGCACGGCUUGCACAUUUUGGGCCCUACAAGACCUUGCUGGCUCAGCAGUCCCUUGGCAGCAUAUUCUGGGUGAACUGCCUUGGCGCUAGCAGAGGUGCCAAUGCAACUCAUGCCAAUGAUGUAGUUUUUGUGGUGUCAGGUUGCCCACCUGUUGGUAUGUAUGUGGCUGGUCCAUCCUCUGUCUACACUGCCGCAGCAACUGUGCAGCAAGUUGAGGAGGCAGAUGCUGGUGAUGAUGACUCCAAUGGCGAGGGUAAGCAUGGCAAAUUCGAAUUCCAAGACUUCCUUUGCGUGGUGAUGAUUGAGAACCCUUGCAGGUGGCAACCUUGAAGCAGAUGAUUAUGCGGGUGAGGACAGCGACUAUCUGAGGAUUCAGGGUACACAGGCCAGCACACCCACAGCAGCAGCUGUACCUGCAGCUGGGGCCAUGAAUGGGGGUGGUGGUGGGUCUGGAGAGGGGC